GUAAAAAUAUCAUUGAUAUAAAACACAGAAGCAUAAAAGAUUAUUAUCGAAUUAUAAAAAAAUGUUCGAAUAGUAGUAAUGUUUCAUCGGACUUUAAAAAAAAAAUAUUUUACAUGGGGACAAAUUCGCCUAGCUUUUUCCGGUGCGCUCGGUGUAACUGUCGACUGGAAUCGUUUAAUUAAUAAAUCAGUGCUCUCUUUGUCGGUAACGAAAUAGAAAAGGAGUCGCUUAAGCGGAAAUAUGCUCUGUUUGCUAUUGUGGUUGAAUAAAUAUGUAUAUUAUUACAAUUACAAAACAUAUUUUGAAAUACAAAGUUUCUGUAUAAAAAUUAUACAAUUUUGUCUUAUCAUCAUACGUUGUAACUUUAUCCAAUAAAGCAAACAAAAAUCAAGAGAAAAAAAAUUCUUCAGAGUUAAUCAAUUUUGUAAUUAAAAAAGUAUCGGAUGUUAGGUGUUUCUUGUACUAGCGUCGGAGUUGCACUCGUUUUACUAUUGGUAAUGAUAUGUACUCUAAAUGAGAGCUUUAGAUAUAGAGCGAAAUUUCUAAUUUUUGGAUUAGAGUCUCUACUCUUCACAAUCAUUUGUUUACCAUUUAUGUUUUUCAAUAUCAGAUCUUGGAAGAAUGCAUUAAUACCCGCUUGGCUUUUGAGUAAAUCAACAAAUAAAGUAUUAGGAGUUAAAUACGAGGUACGUGGAAAAGAAAAUAUCAUUCACGAUUCUGGUUGUAUUGUUUUGAUAAAUCAUCAAAGUAUGUUGGAUUUGGGAGUAUUGGCACAAUUGUGGCUAGUUAUGGAAAGAUGUACCGUUAUAUCUAAAAAAGAAAUUUUAUAUUUUGGACCGUUUGGUCUCGCUGCUUGGCUAUGGGGUACAAUUUUUAUCGAUAGACGAAAUGUUGAGGAAUCUCGUAAGAUUGUAAAUUCAACGUGUAAAUAUAUACGAGACUCUAAAAUGAAAGUUUUAUUUUUCCCAGAAGGAAAACGACAUAGCGGUAAUACAUUGAUACCUUUCAAAAAAGGACCUUUCCAUUUAGCUAUAACAUCGCAAGUACCGAUUCUACCGGUCAUCGUAUCAAAAUAUUUCUUCUUGAAUAGUAAAUCAAAGAGAUUUGGUUCUGGUACUAGCUAUAUUACAAUCUUACCUCCAAUUCCUACAAAAGGCUUGACCAAAGACAAUAUCCAGGAGUUGAUGGAUAAAUCGUACGAAGCUAUGAAUACGGUAUUUGUUCAAACAUCGCAAGAAACUCUUACAAAACACAUGGAAAGUUUAAAAAAUGAUUAACGGUUGUUCCAAAUUUUCCGAACGUUCUUUGUACGCAGUCGUUCACGUACAUUACGGAAUCACACCUAAAGUUCCGCCGAUAAAUUAAUUCUUAUAUUAAUAAUCUCUUCCGAUUGCGUAAAAGGAAUAAUACAAAUAAUUAUGAACGAAGCUACUAUCGGACAAUGUACCUGCACAAGAGACCAUUUACUUCUUUACUUUUUCUAUUAUAUAAAUUAUAUUAUUAAUAAAUUCUUUAUUUUAAAAAAUUCUAUAUUACAGGAAACGUGCUUUAGACAUAAUUAUGAUAUUAAUUUAAAAAUCUAUUUGCAAAUUCAUGAAUUAUGUAUUAUUUUGAAUGAAAAAAUUUGCAAAAGAUGUUCAAGCUUUUCUGUUUCCAAACAUAAGAUAAUCUAACAACCUCGUUAGUUAAGAUAUAUGAAAUAAUUUUUAGAGGUUGAAUUUUAUAUGGAAAGUUAUACGCUUAAAAACUGCUUGUGCUUUAAAAGGGGAAUUUAUCUAUCGAUCCGUCUUCUUUAAAUAGACUUAUCAUAUUAUGGUGUUAUUAUUACAAUCUAUCGGUUAAAGUAGUGAGAGCGUUAAUAAUAUGCCUUGAAUAUGAAUUUUGAUAUUUAUAAAAGAUCCUAUUCUUCGUUUGAAGAAUAUGUAAUAUUAGAAGCUGUAUUGAGUAAGCUUGAAAUAUCAAUAAUGUUUAAAGUAGACAAAAGCCUUAAGAAAGCGGCUAUUUUACACGUCAGUAUUAAAUAUCAUUUAUUUCGUAUAUUAUACAUUUGUCGUCAGUCAGUGUCGCUUUUCAAUGGAUCAGCUUUCCAAAAUUUCAUAAUACAAAAUUUUUUCUUAGCACGUGUUACGUACAUAUGUACGUACAUGUAAUACUAUUAAUUGAAUGACUAUAUACACAACCAUCCACUUCAACGUUUUUUUUUUACUUAUUUAAUGAAUCUUAUCCGGUAACGCACGACAAUUUAUUUGGCGUUUUACUUGCUUAUAUAUGUGCUAUAUAUAUAUAUAUAUGCACACACACAUACAUACGUACAAACACUCACCCCCUCCAAUACAAAAAACACACAUACAGACACAAACAGCCGCCACGAAUUAAUAUUAAGAUAUAACAAUAACAAAUAAAAAAUACAUACAAAGUAUCAACGUUGCGCAUACUGCAAGUAAAAAAAAAAAAAAAUAAGGCUAAAAUUCAAAUAUACUUAAAAUAAUCUAUUAUGUAUCACACCGCCGUUGAAUUUGUUCUAAAUUCGUUGUUUCUAUACAAAUUAUCUAAAUUAUCUUAUCUUAAUCGAAGCUUAAAAGAAAGAUACUAAAAUGGCAUCGAUACGAAGUUUCAAGUUAAAUAAAUUAGCACGGGAUGGAAAAAACGGAAAGAGAGUAGUGUCUUCAAGGUUGAAGUUCUAUUUCGACAAUAAAUGUGUUUUGGAAUGCUGCUGGUGCUCGCUUCUCUUUGCUAUUUAUUAUCCUCCGUAGCACCAAAGGAAGAAAACCUUCCUAAAAACACGUUUCUAAUAUCGAGGUAAUCGAGGUAUAAUCGAGUUACUCUUCUCUCUCUCUCUGCAUAUUUUUUUUGUAUAUAUAUAUAUAUAAAAGAAAAGAAAGAAAAAUCACACAUUUUACUGGACCUAUAUAUGUAUCUCAGGGGAAAGAGAAACAUCUACUGCGAAUAAAGAAACGCGUUAUUGUGAUCUUAUAAAUAAGAUACAAUAUCAUUGAUAAUAAAUACCAAUAUUAGUAAGGAAAAAGAAAAAGAAUCAAACAAACAAAACGAAAUGAAAAAGAGAAAGAAAGUACGUACGAUUGUCAUUUGGAUUAUAUCUUGAUAUUAAAGAAAGAAAUGAGUUACGUUCGAUUCGUCUUCGAUUAUUCAACGCUAUUAAUAAUACUGAUCGUUCUCCAACGACUCCUGACAUUUCCUCCUAUCCUUUGGAAGUACGCAAUAACGAAACCUGUGUUUACCAAUUCGAUGAUCCGGAGGAGAGGGUAGUACAUAUGUGUAACCUUGAUAACAAUUGCGUUUACGUAUCCAUUGGAAGCUGUUGGUUCAUCGUAUCUUCUUCAUAUUUGUUUUCGUUUCGUCAUCAAAUAGUUCUAUCCAUUCUUGUUGUGGUCCAUGGGAGAGGAUUUGCCCUUCUCUCCUUGAACGCAACUGCAACGAUGUCCUUUGUUGACGUUGCGUUAUCUCAGUUUAGUCGGCCGGAAUACGGUCUAUCAGGAAUACGGGGAGGAAUAUUAGGUACGGGACGCCUACAACAUACAUAUAUCAUGAAUACUUAUUCGUUUUUUAAUAAUUUAUAAGCGUGAUAAAGAAAGAAAAAAGAAAAAAAGAGAUAAAGAGGGAGAGCUUAUAGUAGUAGAGGUCAAGAGAUAUCAAUAAUUUAAAAAAAAAAAAAAAAAAGAAAAGAAAAGAAACAA